AGACAGUAACUGGGCGUGAUUUAGAGGAUCGCCACGUGAUAUCGCAGGGAGCCUUUGUAACAACUUAAAAGUCGCCGGCAGCCCGGACUUGUGCACCAGAGAGUGGAGGGAGAAAGGUUCGCUGUCUGGCUGCUGUUGCUCUCGCUCUCCCGUUGAUCGCUGCAGAGAUGACUGACCUGACAGAAGCCGACAAAGGCCAUGUUCGCAUCAUCUGGAAACAGUUGUUUGCGGAUCCAGAGGGGAACGGCAGGGCAGUGGUGUUGAGAUUGUUCACGGAUUACCCUGAAACAAAGAAGUACUUCAAAACGUUCAAGAACAUUUCGACCGAGGAAGAAAUGCAAAAAUCGGCUCAGAUCAAGAGACAUGGCAAGUCUGUGAUGAACCGGCUCAAUGACCUCAUUGAGAAUCUGGAUAACUGGGACGCAGCCUGUGACAUUAUGACACACUUGGCGGAGAGGCACAUUCAUGUACACAAAGUGGGGGUGCAGAACUUUCGGAUUAUAUUUAACGUGAUCCUCACAAUUAUGGCAGAGACAUUGGGAGACGGUUUUACCCCUGAGAUCCGUGAAGCCUGGCAAAAGCUGUUCAAUAUCAUUUACAAUUAUCUCGAGAAUUCCUACAAGACAAUUGAAGCAGCUUCCUAAAUUGACGUUCCUCCCACAAGCGAUGAAUUAAUCGACUCGUAUUAUCACUAAACUGUGUACAGCAUACAAUAACAUGACCAGAAUUUUAAUACAUAUUUUAAACAAAAACUGAUGAAUAAAAGACUUGGAAUAUCAUUUUUAAAAAAUGACAAACCUUCUUGUUUAAAUCGCAUCAAAGUAAGAAGUAAUUUUUUGCGGGGAUUAUUUGAUCAACUAGCAUGUCAUAUUUAAUGUCAUAUUUUAAUGUGGUUUAAGAUAAAAUAACAUUUUAAUUCAAUGGAAAUGUAUAAACUUGGACCACUUUCAUUUACGGUGAAUGGCUUUCUAAAGAACUGUGCUCUGAUAUGCUCCACUUUGUAUAUUUUAUAAUCUGUCCUUUUAAUCUGAGAUUGGUACGCUCCACGUCCCCUUGAGUGCAGUUAUCUCUGUUUGGAUUCCCUCCAUUAAUUUCAUGGCUUCUCUCUCACCAGACUUACACCUACGUACUGGUGAUAGACACAUACUGGUGAUAGACACAAAUGCUAGAGUAACUCAGUGGGUAACGCAGCAUCUUUAGAGAAAAGGGUUUCUCCAGCAUUUUUGUGUACCUGAGAUAGAACAUAUUUUGUUUCACCUUGGCCCUUCUAAUCUGCAAUUGUACUCCCUGCAAUUGCAGGAAACGGAAGGAUAUGGGUUACGUGCAGGCAGAUGAGAUUAGUUUCUCUUGACAUCGGGUUUGGCACAGACAUUGUGGGCCGAAGGGCCGGUUCUAGUGCUGUGGUUUUUUAUGCUCCAAACCUCCGUGGAUCAUUAACCAAAAAUAAUAAUGGGGAGGAAAAAUAAUCAAAAUGUAAAGCUUAGAAUAAUGAAGUAGCAAAGUGAAAUAUUAUUAAUAGUAUUAAAAUAUUUAGUAUUAAAAGGAAAGAUAUGAAGAUGCUUGAUAUCUGAAAUGCAAGCCCGAAAUGCUGAGAAAUAUCUACCAUUGUAACUGCUGAAAGGUCUCGUAUGUUAUUAUUUUUCUCUAUCUACCAAUGCUGCCUGAUCUUCUGGGUAUUUUUUUUUUUUUUAGCAUUCUUUGUUUUUAUUUCAGAUACUUGGGGGCGUAUAUGCACUGAAUUAUGUAUAGAGUCAUCGAGUGAUACAGUGUGGAAGCAGGCCCUUUGGCCCAACUCGCCCACACCGGCCAACAAUGUCCCAGCUACACUCGUCCCACUUGCCUGCGCUUGGUCCAUAUCCUUCCAAACCUGUCCUAUCCGUGUACCUGUCUAAUUGUUUCUUAAACGAUGGGAUAGUCCCAGCCUCAACUACCUCCUCUAGCAGCUUGUUCCAUACACCCACCACUUUUUGUGUGAAAAAGUUCCCCCUCAGAUUCCUAUUAAAGCUUUUCCCCUUCACCUUGAACAUAUGUCCUCUGGUCCUCGAUAUCCCUUAUUGAUAAACCUGUUUUGAUCUUAUUAUGUAUAAUGCAGGAAGUUAAUAUGUGUCCUGGUUUUAAAACGUGUGCCAACAAUUAAUUAAAAAUAACGUUAUACAAGUUGUUCAAAUGGCCAGCAAAUUAUUUAAUGCAUGCUAUCAUCUGAUAUUAUAGAUGAUGUACAAUUUAUUUCAUGAAUAUGAUAAUUUUUUUAAUCUAAAUUAUAUCUUUUCGAAUAUACAUUUACCAAUAUUCAUACAAUGGAGGAAUUUUAUUUUAUCAAUUUUUAGCUCAUGUUAUAGCUUUCAAAGUUAUUUGCAAAGUGAUGGGUGAUGUAGCAGAUCUUGCAAGCUUGUAUUUAAUUCUUCAGUGUAAUAAAAACUUGUUGCUCAUAA